UACACAUGGCGUCUGCAGUGAUCUCCGUGCCCACCACAGCAUCCCGGUUCGCGCUGCUGCAGGUGGACAGCGACUCUGGCUCUGACUCCGAGCCGGGGAAGAGCAGGAGCGGCCGGCAGCCGGGGGCAGGGAGGCCAGGGAAGGCUGCGGGGGGCAAAGCCAGUCAGAGCAACGACAAGAGGAAGGAGAAAAAGAAGAGGAGGAAAGAACAGCAGCAGAGUGAGGCCAACGAGUUGAGAAGCUUGGCUUUUAAGAAGCUGCCUCAGAAAUCAUGUGUACCUCAGCCGGCCUCAGUCCAUGGGAUGGCCAGUGAGCUACUGCAGUCUUCAGCUGGAGAUACGGUGGCCCCGCAGGAGAGCUGGCAGCAGUGGAAACAGAGAGAUGAACAGUUAACGAGUGAGCUGUAUGAGGCAGAUCUGGAGAAGGCUUUAAUUCUGAGCAAGCUGGAGUACGAGGAGCACAAGCAGGAUUAUGAAAAUGUUGACACAACUUCUCCCAGAGCCAAAGGAAGCAAGAAAGAUAAGAGGAGGAAUCAACAGGGCAAAGACAGGCAGCGCAUCACUGUGUCUCUGAAAGACUUCCAGAGUGAGGGGGCUGCUGAUCAGCUUCACAAGAAACAGGAGAAAGAGGAGGCCAAACCUGUCAAUCCUAGUGUACAUGACGACCGGUUCUUUAAUAAGCUAGAGGAUGAUGUCAGCAGGAUUGUCCUGAGAGAGAAACGGCGAGAGCAGUUUAGCAGCAGCAGUGGCAUGGAGGUCGCCACGUCUGCAGAGCACGAACCAGAUGUGAGAGCAGAACAGCUGAAAUAUGAGCUAGAAAAGAAAGACUUGGAAAUUGAAAGGCUAAAGAAGGUUAUUUCUGAAUGGGAGGUGAAAUACAAGGAAGUAAAAGCAAGAAACUCCCAACUUCUGAAGAUGCUCCAAGAAGGAGAAAUGAAGGAUAAGGCCGAGAUUCUACUGCAGGUUGAACAGCUGUUAAAUAUAAAAGAGGAGCUGUCUUCCCAGGUGGCAAUGUUGCAUGCAUCCCUGGAACAAGAGAAGUCUAAAGUGAAAGGUUUACAGUUGGAUCAACCCAAACACUACCAGGGAAGUAAGAAAGGUAAAAAAGCCUCCGAGUCAGACCUAUGAAGCACCUGAGGGGGAGGAGUUUAAGGGCGGAGACUGAGUGACCUCACACAGGGUCUCCAUGGUACCUGCAGUGUCAAUGGGGCAGAGCUAGGACCCCACCCAAACAGAAUCUCCAAACUGCUGGUGUUCCACUGCAGCAUUCUGUUAAUUUGAUUUAAGGCUGGUCUAAUUAAAAUGAAAGGGGUUUAGUAAUAAUGGGUAUGUCCUAUGCUCUGCUACCUGCUGGCAAAGCAAUGGCGUUGUGUUGGUCUAAAUCUCCUGAACUCUGACCUCUGACCUCGGGCAUUUCUUCACUUUUCACUAACCCUUCCUUACUCAGUAAUAAAGCUUUCUCAUUGUUCUUAUAUUUUUUGUUGUAAUGCCAAAA